CGCAGCGAGCUUGGAUUGAGAGGACUUUCCUUAAAAGGGAAUGUAUUCACAUAUUUCCUGGCAAGGAUCCGACCAGGUAAGACUGAUGAUUUAAAUCCCAAAGGAGCUUUUAUGACACAUUUCUUAUUGAGAACCUGGGAUUUGUCCGUAGAUGUGCCUGUGGUCAGCUGGUCACACAUCACGUGGCCAUCCCUCCUGGAGCCAGUUCCCUCGAGGAAGCGGCUCCUCUGGUGCAGAUCGACGCCCCAAAUGAUAAAUGGAGUGUGAUCAAGCACACCAGGACCUACCCAACAGACUCCUUUGGAAUCAUCGAGUUCCAAGGAGGAGGGUUCAUGAAUAAAGCCAUGUACAUUCGGGUUUCAUACGACACCAAACCCGACAACCUUCUGCAUCUGAUGGUGAAGGACUGGCAGCUGGAGCUCCCCACAUUGCUCAUCUCGGUCCACGGAGGUCUACAGAACUUUGACCUCCAGCCUAAACUCAAACAAGUGUUCGGCAAAGGCCUGAUCAAAGCGGCGGUCACCACAGGAGCCUGGAUCUUCACGGGCGGAGUCAACACAGGAGUGAUCCGCCAUGUUGGGGAUGCUUUGAAGGACCAUUCCUCGAAGUCACGAGGAAAAGUAUGCGCAAUAGGAAUUGCUCCGUGGGGCAUUUUGGAGAACAAAGAGGACCUCAUUGGGAAAGAUGUGACGAGACCUUAUCAGUCGAUGGCAAACCCACUGAGCAAGCUGGCAGUGCUCAACAACAGCCACUCCCACUUCAUCCUCACUGACAAUGGAACUUGUGGGAAGUAUGGGUCAGAGGUGAAACUCCGCCGGCUGCUGGAGAAGCACAUCUCUCUGCAGAAGAUCAAUACUCGUUUGGGUCAAGGCGUUCCAUUAGUAUGUCUAAUAGUGGAAGGAGGUCCCAACGUCAUCUCCAUCGCUUUGGAGAGCCUGAGGGACGAGCCUCCCAUCCCGGUGGUGAUAUGUGACGGCAGCGGCCGCGCUUCUGACAUUAUAUCUUUUGCGCACAAGUUCUCAGAAGACGGAGGUCUGGUUAACGAUGAUGUCAGAGACCAACUUUUGGUCACCAUCCAGAAAACAUUCAACUACUCAAAGAGCCAGUCGCAGCAAAUCUUGCUGAUGGUGAUGGAGUGCAUGAAGAAGAGGGAGCUGAUCACAGUGUUUCGAAUGGGCUCUGAAGGGCAACAGGACAUUGAAAUGGCCAUACUUACCGCUCUGUUAAAAGGAACAAAUGCUUCAGCUGCAGACCAGCUGAGUUUGGCUCUGGCCUGGAACAGAGUGGACAUCGCUCGCAAUCACAUCUUUGUUUAUGGACACAAUUUACCUCCUGCUGGAGCCAUGGCGAACACUGCCGCCUCUGGAGCUGCAGCUCAGGAGAAGCCAAAGAGUCCAGCCAGCGCCCCCCGCAGUAAGGCCCGGGCUAAAAAGGGGAAGGGGAAAGGAAAGGCGAAACCGGAACCUCCAGAGGAAACAGAUCCAAGGAAGCUGGAGCUGAUACGCUGGGUGAACUCACUGGAGCAGGCUAUGAUGGAUGCCCUGGUGCUGGACAGAGUGGACUUUGUUAAAUUGCUGCUUGAAAAUGGUGUCAACAUUCAUCACUUCCUCACAAUUCCUCGGCUGGAGGAGCUGUAUAACACUAAACUGGGUCCUGCAAACACACUGCAUGUUGUGGUUCGGGAUGUCAAAAAGGGCAACCUUCCUCCAGAUUACCAGAUCACUUUGAUAGACAUUGGUCUAGUGUUGGAAUACCUCAUGGGCGGAGCUUAUCGAAGCAAUUACACUAGGAAGGCCUUCCGCAACCUGUACAACAAUCUAUAUGGACUAAAAAGGCCUAAAGCUUUAAAACUCCUAGGAAUGGAGGAUGAUGAACCUAGACCAAAAGGAAAGAAAAAGGCAAAAAAGAAGAAGGAGGAAGAGGUAGAAAUUGAUGUGGACGAUCCAGAGGUGUGUCGGUUCAAAUACCCCUUCCAUGAGCUCAUGUUGUGGGCGGUGCUGCUGAAGCGCCAAAAGAUGGCGCUGUUCCUCUGGCAGCGUGGGGAGGAGGCCAUGGCAAAGGCUCUGGUGGCUUGUAAGCUCUAUAAGGGCAUGGCUCACGAGUGCUCAGAGAGUGAGCUGGUGGAUGACAUUUCCCAAGACCUGGAGAACAACUCAAAAGAAUUUGGCCAGCUGGCAUACGAGCUGUUGGACCAGUCCUACAAGCACGAUGAGCAGGUGGCGAUGAAACUCUUAACAUAUGAGCUGGUGAACUGGAGUAACUCCACCUGUUUGAAGCUGGCGGUGGCUGCUAAGCAACGAGACUUCAUCGCUCACACCUGCAGCCAGAUGUUGCUCACUGACAUGUGGAUGGGCUGUUUGAGGAUCGGAAAAAACCCCGGCCUAAAGGUCAUUUUGGGAAUCAUCUUUCCUCCCCUGAUUCUUCUAUUGGAUUUCCGGAUUGGAGAUGAUGCCUCCUAUCAAACACCUGGAAGCAAAGCUGAAGGAAAAGACAAGGAUGAAGACACAAAAUCCAGCAAGGAUCCAAACACGGAUGCAACUUCCCGAAAAGGUGACGAGGAAGAAGGGAGCACUAAAAUCCGCAAAGUCCCCAUUGGAAAAAGAAUCUUUGAGUUUUACGAUGCACCCUUCACCAAAUUCUGGUUCAACACUAUUUCCUAUUUAGGAUAUCUGAUGUUGUAUAACUACAUCAUCCUGGUGAAAAUGGAGCGAUGGCCAUCAAUACAAGAGUGGACUGUCAUAGCGUACAUACUUACUCUUGGAACUGAAAAAGUCCGACAGAUUCUGAUGUCAGAGCCAGGGAAGCUCAAACAGAAGAUCAGUGUGUGGCUGGAGGACUACUGGAACAUCACAGACCUGGUUGCCAUUUGUACUUUCCUUCUUGGGCUGAUGCUUCGCCUGCAGAAUGAGCCAUACUUGGGAUAUGGUAGAGUCAUCUACUGUAUCGACAUCAUUUUCUGGUAUAUUCGAGUUCUGGACAUCUUUGGAGUCAACAAGUACCUGGGACCAUACGUGAUGAUGAUUGGGAAGAUGAUGAUUGAUAUGAUGUACUUCGUAGUCAUCAUGCUGGUGGUCCUGAUGAGUUUUGGGGUGGCCCGGCAGGCCAUUCUUCACCCGGAUGAGGAGCCGACCUGGCGCCUGGCUAGAAACAUUUUCUACAUGCCCUACUGGAUGAUCUAUGGGGAGGUUUUUGCAGACUCGAUAGACCUCUAUGCAAUGGAGAUCAACCCUCCAUGUGGGGAACAUUUAUACGAUGAAGAUGGGAAGAAACUUCCUCCAUGCAUCCCUGGGGCCUGGCUCACUCCAGCUAUCAUGGCCUGCUACCUUCUCGUGGCCAACAUUCUUCUGGUCAACCUCCUCAUUGCUGUUUUCAACAACACUUUCUUUGAGGUCAAGUCCAUAUCCAACCAGGUGUGGAAGUUUCAACGGUAUCAGUUGAUCAUGACUUUCCACGACCGUCCAAUUCUGCCUCCACCUCUAAUCAUCUUCAGCCACCUGUACAUCCUCUUCACCAGGCUGUUCCGACGCUGCGUGAAGAAGAAACAGGAGGGAGAGCUGGAUGAGAAGGACAGAGGCUUAAAGCUCAGGCUGAAUCCAGAAGAGCUCAAGAGUCUGUAUGAGUUUGAAGAACAGUGUGUGGAGGAGUAUUUCCGAGAAAGAGACGAUGAGAAGCAGUCUUCAAGUGAUGAACGCAUCAAGGUUACAUCAGAGAGAGUAGAGAACAUGUCAAUGCGUCUGGAGGAGGUAAAUGAGAGGGAGAACACCAUGAAGGCCUCCCUGCAGACAGUGGAUCUACGUCUGGCCCAGCUGGAGGAGAUCCACGGGCGCAUGGCCGCCGCCCUGGAAAAGCUGGCGGGGUUGGACAAGCUGGAGCUGACCAGAACUUUUUCUCGAAACUCGUCUGUGUGUGAUCCCUCCUCUCUCCUCCGCCAGGGAAGCAUCAACAGCGCUGAUGGUUACAGUCUUUACCGCUUUCACAUGGACAUGGAGGAAUUUGCAUCCAAGCAGAAAGACACCGACGAGAAGAGCGGUCUAGAGAGACAGCGCAGUCUGCGCCAAACCUCCAGUACCUGUGCUCUCAACACCACUGAAGGCGGUCAGACGUUGGGGGUUGGUGGUCUGGACAGAUCAAGAGCUGGUUCAUGUGUGGACAUCCUCAUAUCGCCAUGUGAACAAAAACCCACCUCAGGAGCAUCAAGUCAAGAAACCUUAACCAACAUAAAGCAAGGCAGCACGAUGAUGUUAGACAGAAUAACAGACAAAAACAGACUAAAACCUUUAUCCCCGGCAAAAAGGGCUAAAUCCCUGAAGCUUUAUCCAGCUGACGAUCAAUCCCCGUCUCCUCUGACAAAAAGACGGGCUAUGAGCACCAUCACAGUCAACCCUCCUGACGAACCAGAGGAAGCUGCAGAGGUAGCAGAUUUGACCAAACUUCCAGAAGGAACUUCCUCCUCUCCGAGACGGGCAAAAUCUUUACGAUAUCUCCCAGGAGAUGGCCAAAGUCCGAUAUCUCCAACCACAAAAAAGAGGACAAUGAGCAGUAUCAUCUACACCCCUGAUGAGGAUACGGGUCACGGGACUAAAACAUCUACAGUCAGAACUCUCACUCAACACUUUCAAGCACCAGCACAGGUUAAGAACGUCCAUCAGGUGGAUAGAGCUCUACAAGAACCAGACGAAGACCCGAAAAGAACAAAGGCCAAAAGGAACCUCUCGGACGGCACUGACUAUUUGACCGUAGCAGACGAAAGGUAUUUGCGGUCUCACAGGUCGCAGAGUUGCAACGCCAGCGACAGGAAGGCAAAACCCUUGGUGGUCCCCAAGGGGCCAAGGCCUUCUAGCAGUGAGCACGACAUUGCUCAAACCAGCAAGGGGUCUGCUGCUAGAGGAGAGAGUGAUAGUGGGAAAACGAAAGCAAGGAAGACAGAAGAAGAAACACGUGAAGAGAAGUGAGAAAAACCAACAAAAGCAGGAAGUGAAACUUCCA